UUCUAACAGUCGAUUUGGCACUUUCAAAUGACGAUCAAGUCAUGUAAGCGUGCGUGGUGGUUCACUCGUUCGGCGACAAUGGCGGCAGAUCUGGAACAAUUUCAACAGCUUUUAAACACACUUCUAAGCACGGAUAACGAUGCCCGAACGCAAGCGGAAAAAGCAUACAACAAUCUUCCAGUGGAAACUAAGGUGACAUUUCUUUUGACAUCCAUUUGCAAUGCUGCCCUUGCAGAAGAGAUGCGUGCCAUGGCUGCAGUGCUACUGCGUCGACUUUUUUCUUCUGAAUUUAUGGACUUUUAUUCCAAGAUUCCUCCAGAGGCACAAGUACAGUUGAAAGAGCAAAUUUUGUUAUAUGUUCAAAAUGAACAAACAGAAACAAUUCGCCGUAAAAUAUGUGAAGUUGCAGCUCAAGUUGCUCGUAAUUUAAUAGACGAAGAUGGAAACAAUCAAUGGCCAGAAUUUCUCCAGUUCCUAUUUCAAUGUGCAAAUAGUCCUUUACCAGCAUUAAAGGAAAGUGCAUUAAGAAUGUUCACAUCCGUCCCUGGUGUUUUUGGAAAUCAACAAGCAAAUUACCUUGAUCUUAUUAAACAAAUGUUACAACAAUCAGUCAUGGAUACCACAAAUAAUGAGGUUAGAUUCCAAGCAGUAAGAGCAAUAGGAGCUUUUAUAACUUUACAUGAUAAAGAAGAAAACAUACAAAAACAUUUUUCUGAACUUUUGCCUGUAGUUGUGCAAGUAACUGCUCAGUCUGUAGAGAAACAAACUGAUGAUUCUUUAUUAAAAGUAUUGAUCGAUUUAGCUGAGUCUACACCAAAAUUUUUGAGACAUCAAUUAGAAAAUAUCAUGGAAAUGUGUAUGAAAAUUUUUUUAAAUGAAGAAAUGGAAGACUCUUGGAGACAAUUAGCUCUCGAAGUUUUAGUAACACUUGCAGAAACUGCACCAGCAAUGGUUCGUAAAGUUGGCGGAAAAUACAUUGCAGCAUUAGUACCUUUUGUUUUAAAAAUGAUGACAGACUUGGAAGAGGAUGAAAAAUGGAGUUUCUCUGAUGAAAUUAUAGAAGAAGAUAAUGACAGUAAUAACGUAGUAGCUGAAAGUGCUUUAGACAGAUUAGCAUGUGGUUUAGGCGGUAAAACCAUGCUACCACAGAUAGUGCAAAAUAUCCCUUCGAUGUUGAGUAAUACAGACUGGAAAUACAGACACGCAGCUCUCAUGGCUAUAUCUGCUGUUGGUGAAGGGUGCCACAAACAAAUGGAAGCUAUAUUGCCACAAAUUAUGGAAGGUGUUAUACAAUACUUGCAAGACCCUCAUCCCCGUGUCAGAUAUGCAGCUUGUAAUGCAGUAGGACAAAUGUCAACAGACUUCGCUCCUACGUUUGAAAAAAAAUUCCAUGAUAAAGUUAUACCUGGAUUACUUAUGGUAUUGGAUGAUAAUGCAAAUCCUAGAGUACAGGCUCAUGCAGGGGCUGCAUUAGUAAAUUUUAGUGAAGACUGUCCGAAACAUAUACUAACUCGAUAUCUUGAUGCUAUUAUGGCAAAACUUGAAUCGACGCUCACUGCAAAAUUCCAAGAAUUAGUAGAGAAGGGUACUAAACUUGUUUUGGAACAAGUUGUUACAACUAUUGCUUCUGUUGCCGAUACGUGCGAAGAGCAAUUUGUCACUUAUUAUGACAGAUUAAUGCCUUGUUUAAAAUAUAUUGUUCAAAAUGCAACUUUACCAGAACACAAAAUGCUUAGAGGAAAAACAAUUGAAUGUGUCAGUCUCAUAGGUGUGGCUGUUGGUCCAGAAAAAUUCAUUGCCGACGCUAAUGAAGUAAUGGAGAUGUUCUUAAAAACACACUCGGAAGAUCUUCCUGAUGAUGAUCCCCAAACAAGUUAUUUAAUUUCUGCUUGGGUUCGUAUUUGCAGAAUACUUGGAAAACAAUUUGAACAAUAUUUGCCUUUAGUAAUGGGCCCUGUCUUACGUACUGCGGCAAUGAAACCAGAUGUUGCAUUAUUAGACAAUGAAGAUAUGCAAGGUAUAGAAGGAGAUCUUGACUGGCAGUUCGUUUCUCUCGGAGAACAGCAAAAUUUCGGCAUUAAAACUGCUGGUCUAGAGGACAAAGCAUCUGCAUGUGAAAUGUUGGUUUGUUAUGCACGUCAAUUAAAAGAAGGCUUUGCGGAUUAUGCUGAAGAGGUAGUGCGACUUAUGGUUCCUAUGUUAAAAUUCUAUUUUCACGAUGGUGUACGUACCGCAGCCGCAUCAAGUUUACCAUGUCUUCUUGAUUGUGUAAAAAUCAAAGGGCCACAAUAUUUACAAGGAAUGUGGGCUUAUAUAUAUCCUGAUUUACUAAAAGCUAUCGACACAGAACCAGAAUCUGUAGUAUUGUUAGAAUUGUUAUAUUCUCUGGCCAAAUGUAUAGAAACUUUGGGAGAUGGUUGUUUGGGUGUUCAACCUAUGGCAGAACUUUCACGUAUUUUGGACAAAUUACUCAACGAGCACUUUGAAAGAGCAGUAGCUCGAUUAGAAAAACGAAAAGAUGAAGAUUACGACGAAGUAGUCGAAGAACAACUUGAAGAUGAGGAUAACGAAGAUAUAUACACUCUGAGUAAAAUAGCAGAUAUUUUACAUGCUCUUUUUACUACACAUAAAUCAAAAAUUUUCCCAUUCUUUGAUCAAAUUUGUGGACACUUCGUAAAAUUAUUAAACCCUGAUAGAUCUUGGUCGGAUCACCAGUGGGCUUUGUGUGUUUUUGAUGAUGUAAUAGAAUUCGGAGGGCCUGAGUGUGCGAAAUAUCAAGAAUUCUUUUUACGGCCAAUGAUUCAAUAUGUGUCAGACAAAUCUGCUGAAGUUAGACAAGCUGCAGCAUAUGGUUGUGGAGUUUUAGGACAGUUUGGAGGAGAAGCAUUUGCUCAAGCAUGUGCAGAAGCAUUACCAAGGUUAAUGGAAGUUAUCAAUGAUCCAGAAUCUAGAUCACCGGAAAAUGUUAAUCCCACAGAAAAUGCUAUUUCAGCAGUAACAAAAAUUCUUAAAUAUAAUAACACAGCUAUUAACGUAGAUGAGAUUCUUCCACACUGGUUGUCUUGGCUGCCGGUUAUAGAGGAUGAAGAUGAAGCUCCCCAUGUUUAUGGAUAUUUAUGUGAUUUGAUUGAAGCCAAUCAUUUAGUAGUUUUAGGACCAAAUAAUGCAAAUCUACCUAAAUUAAUAAGUUUCUUUGCUGAAGCCCUUUACAGAGAUGCUGUGCCUACAGACGACCCGGUUAUGGCCAGGAUUCUUAAUAUCGUUAGACAAAUUCAGAACAACGAAUCUGUGUUCCAAGCAUGUAUAAAUGCUUUAACGACAGAUCAACAACAGGCACUGAGUGAGGCACUCAGUGUACAGACUACCAAUUAGCCCCUUGCUUUCGUCGUUAAAUUUCUAACACUUUAGUGUAAAGAAAACAAAAAAUAAAAAAAACACCAUACUCGCGUUAAGGUACCCUUAUUAUGGGAAAAUUACCGAGAUUUUAGGUAGCUAGAUUGUACCUAUGGGAUUUUCGCUCCAGCCUAAUUAUCAACAAACAGACAGGUAUAUUAACUGUUUAGCGCAUUAUUAGUAAUCUACUUAUUGUUGAUUGUAUAUUUCAGCAUCAUCAAAUUCUUUAACGAUAUCAAUUUUAGUAUUCGGGAUUGUUGCAAAAUCAAAUCGUUAAGUCGAUAAUUUUAUUCACUGCUGACCGAUGCAGUAUAUUAAUAUACGUGAUAAAUAUACUAAUGUAAAGGUCACAACUAUGAAAGAACUCGCACUGACGAAUUUGAAGAAAAAAAAAAUUUCUAUUAAUACUCUUCCAUGAUAAUUGUAUAACGAUAUUAAUCUGAUGUAUAUACACAGGAUCUUCUUUUACUAAUCUUUUUGUGUCUGUUAUAAUUAUAUAUUAUAUAAAAAGAAGACAUAAAUAAGGCAGAUAGAGAGCUACUAAAAUUUUUGGAAUAUUCUCUAAUAUUGAGAAUUGAGUGAUGUUAAAUCUGUAAAAGGAAAAUGUAGCUUUAUAAAUCAAAUAGUGUUUACGAACACUAACACAGUUUUGUUAUGCGAAUGUAAUUAUAAGAAAUACGAUGUUUUUGUCACUGCGA